AGAUUAAAUUGAAAGGCAAUCUUUCCAAGAAAAUUUGCAGCAAUUGCGAGACUACUCUGAGGGACAUAUCAGAAUUUAUAAAUUUAUCCAAACAAACUAAUAUUAUUCUCCUGCAGGAUUUGAUUAGAGAAAGGGAAGAUCUUCAUUUCACUCAGGAUGAAAUAACGAUAGUAGAUGAUGGUGUAACAGUAAAGAUUGAAGAAGAUUCUAGUGAAUUCAGCAAUCAACAAAAAAACUAUUUUAGCCUAGUUUGUCACAACAGUAAUGAAUUGAAAUCUUUGAAAGUAUGUGAAGAUGAAAAUGUGAAAUCUAGCAUCAAGAAAUAUACAUAUUUAUUUUCUCACGUUUGUCGAAUAUGUUUAACGCAGAAGAAUUUACAAGUUUUUCACGAAUUUCAAGAAUUGUUGAACCUGUUUCGGAAAAUAACCAACAUAGUGGUCACACCUGAAGAUGAUCUACCAAAGAAUAUCUGCUAUGAGUGUAUUCAGAAACUACAAACCAUUUCAUAUUUUAUUGAAUCAUCAAAAUCCAAUAACACAAAACUUCAACAACUUCUAUCAGGAUCAAAAGUUAUGGUUUCUAGAGACAAAGAACUGAAGGUAGUCAUUGAAAAAAUGAAAAUGGAUACAAAAACUAAUCAAGUCGAAGAAGAUACUAUUGUAACAUAUACUUGUGACAAACGUCCAAAAACAGAGUUCAAGAAUCAUUUAAAAUGUGGAGUUUGUGAAAAAGGUUCCUCUAUAUCUUCUUCGAAGAGCCUUCCUAAGUCUCAUUCUGGAAGCUCUUUAAUGUUAUGCCUGGUUUGUGAAAAAGCAUUUGAGACAAAAGAGGAAUAUUCAAACCACUGCCAAAUCCUUCCAGCGAAUGAGAACACAACUUUUGACAAAUCGAGUCUUACAGACAUCAAAAAGAAUAAUUUUUGUGCAAGAUAUUUGAACUGUAUUAGUGGUACGGAGACCAAUAAACAGUCCAAUUUUUGUGAAUAUGUUACAAAGGAAGUUCGAAAAAGGAGUAAAUUCAGAAGUGAUGAUAUGCGCAGUAGGCCAUAUCAGUGUAAAACCUGCGACAAGAGUUUUCUUAAGAAUAUACAUCUAACUGAACACAGUAAAACUCACGAAAGUCCUUCAUUUGAGUGCCAAAUAUGCUUCAAGAAGUUUCACUUUAAACAUAAUUUGGAGUCCCAUAUUAUAACCCAUUCAGAAGAAAGACCCUAUAUUUGCAAAUUAUGUUCGAAAUCCUUCAAACGCGGAUCUAGUUUCCAACGACACAUUAUAUUUCACAGAGGGGAGAAACCUUUUGAGUGCUAUACUUGCCAAAAAAAAUUUGCAGCAAAGAGUUACCUAGUUAUUCACUUGAGGGUGCAUAGCGGAGAGCGCCCUUACAAGUGUAAAAUUUGUUUACAAGCAUUCACUCAAGCAGGAGAUAUGAAGCGACACCUUGGGAAGCACACAACGAAUGAAGAUUUUCAGUGUUUUCUCUGUUUGAAAUAUUAUCCGACCAAGGAAAGUUUGUCUACUCAUAUGAAAACUCAUAUAACAGAUAAAGAAUUCAACUGCCUCACCUGUGAAAAAACUUUCAGGUGCCCAACUCUUCUGAAAAGGCAUGAAAAAAAUCACUCGUCAGAGAAACUUCACCUGUGUCACGUAUGUUCAAGAUCGUUUACCUUAAAAUCCCGUCUCGUCCGUCAUUUGAAAACUCACAAUACUAGAGAGAAAACGUUCAAGUGCGAUGUUUGCUUAAAAGGUUUCUUUGAGAACAGUGACCUGAGCAGACACAUGAAAACCCAUACAACUGAACGACCUUUCAAAUGCUCGAUCUGUUCAGCAGAUUUUUCUAUAAAAAAAUACUUGAUGAAGCACAUAAAAAGGACGCAUACAAAGCAAGAGAAACCCUACCAAUGUUCAAUUUGUUUUAAAAGAUAUCAUAUUCCGAGUGCUUUAAAGAACCAUCAGCUGGCAAUUCAUGAUAGGCAUAAACGGUUCGAUUGUCAAUAUUGCCCAAAAAAGUUCUUCCAUAAGAGCCAGAUGCUCAUCCAUGUUCGAGUGCAUACAGAAGACAAGCCACAUGUUUGCCCGCAAUGUCCUAAAAGGUUCACUUUCAAACAGUCACUAACAUAUCAUUUGAGAGUACACACUGGUGAAAAACCGUUCCAGUGUUUGGAAUGCAUGAGGUGCUUCAGUAGGAAGACUCAUUUAGUCAGCCACAUACGGACCCAUUCUGGAGAACAACCAUACCAAUGUAACAUAUGCUCCAGAAGAUUUGCUCAUAAGAACACUUUGAAAAAUCACUUGAAUGUUCACGUAGGAGUUAAACCCUAUGAGUGUUUUUUAUGCACGAAAAGAUUUUAUGAUAGCAGUACCAUGAAGACCCAUUUCAGAACCCAUACAGGCGAAAAACCUUUUGAGUGUUCCAUAUGUUCCAGAAGCUUUACACAUCGUAACUCUUUGAAAAAUCACUUGAAACGUCAUAAUGAUGAGAAACCUUAUAUGUGUGCCAAUUGUUCAAAUAGUUUCAAAACCAAGGGUGGACUUGCAGACCAUUUCGAAAGAAGGCAUAGAGAAAAACAGUUUUCUUGCGAUAUUUGCUCAAAAGUAUUUCCCAAAGAAGGGCAUUUGAAAAUGCACAAACGAAUGGCCAAGCACAGGAAGAUUUAAUGGUUGUGUAACUUAUUCUAGUGAUUUUUUAAUUGAAGAUGUCAAAUAUUUCAGCUGAAGAUUUUGACAAUACUGACUUCAGUUGUUUAUUAGAGAGUAAUUUUUUAAGUUAUUACAAAAAGUAGAAAAAACACUUCAUUUGGAACAAACUAUUUCAUUAUUUUUUUAAAUCUUUGGUAGCUCCCAUGUUGAAUUUUGGAGCACUUCCUCGUACCAUUUCACAGAAACUUUUUUUAGGAAUCAAUCAAAUUGUGUCAAGUUCAUCUGGGUCAGAUCUAUUUCACACCUAAAUAUUCUUGCAAAAUCGAAUGUAUUGCAUUCUGUGAUAUGCCAAGGGUAGCUUCUAUCUCAUGGUCUGUCUCAUCUUGUUAUGAGCCCUGCUGUUUCAUAGAAUUACAACCGAUUUUUGUCACACUUCAAGAGACACAUUACUGUCAGACGUAUAACCAAGAUAAAAUUCUGCAAACCGAUUUUGAAGUUUUUCCUUCAUUACUGAAAGGCCUCUUUAAAAAUUAUGAAAAAUCAUAUAACAAGAGAUUAUCAUUUUGUCUCACUUUUUUUGUCAACUAAUUAGUCACUUUCUGAACUGCCACCAAGCCUAGGAUAAUUAAAGGUGAACUUUACUAAUAUUUCGAAAUAAUAUUUCUUCAGUGCCCUCUUAUGGUCAUUUAUUAAAACAUCAUUUUACGUCAUUUUAGCGAAGGUAACAUUUUAAUAAGUCAAUGGUAGAACGGGAACUAUCCCUACAUACAAUAAGUGCAAAACCCCACUUGACGCAAAUUUCAACAGUCAAUUUGGUUGGUGAAACAAAGUUGCCUGAUUUAGAGUGUUAUUGAAUUAUUCGCUUGCUCUCUUUCUCUGUCUCUCCCUUUCUCCCUCCAUCCCUCCCUCGAUCUGCCUCUCCCUAUCUCCCCCUUUCUAUAUAUCUCUUGUCUCCCCCUUUCCACUUACACCACUUAUCCCUCUUUCUCCGACUCCCCCUCUACUUUUAUGGUCCUGCAGAUAUACAGGAAAAACUUAAAUUUUCAAAUUCUAUUUGCUCUCUAAAGUACAAAUGUGUUGAUAUCCCUAUCUCUAUUUGCAUUGAGGUUUUUUCGUAUUGUACAACCCCCAGAAGUUUAAGAAAGCUUGACAAAAAGUGAUGUUUGGGAGAAAUGGGUUGUUGUUAACUUCAACCUAAAAAUGGGUUCAUAUGGCGUAUAUAAAAUUCUUCAAAAAGUUAUUUGGAAAGGAUAAGAGAAACCAGCAAAAGUAUAAAGUAGAUGCCUACUUUUUGAACCUAACAACAUGUCAGAUUUCUAUUAUUGGUAUCAAUUUAUAAAUAUCCUUUCAGGAACUUUGUAUGACAAAUUAGAAGAGAUAUACCCAUAUACAAGAUGAGGUCAACACUUGAUCAUUUUUGUUAAAUACCAGUUCAUAUUUUUAUUACUGAUCGUCUGUAGUAUUCAUUGAUCGUGAUAGCCGAAAUGGGGGCGGGAUAUGAAAAUUCCAAUUUUUCUUCAACUCCUGUAGGUUGUGCAACGUGGCAAAAUCUAACUGUAAACUUCAGAGGGUUGUUUUACUCACAAAAUUUAAAUACUUGGUGCUUAUUUAAUUAAAUAAAAAUUUAUUAUUUCUUGAUAAUUAAAUAUGGAACAAAGAGACUGAAAAGUGUUGCUUCCAUUCGAGCGGUUAUCUGGGCAGUAGUAAAAACAAUUCAACCGAUGAUUAUCAAGUUACCAAAACUCCCAGUACUAUAGAAAGAAUUAAAUUUUGCGACAUCAAAGUUCAGUAUGGCUCAAGUUGGAUGAUAUUCUGCAUAAAAAUUGUAUCAACAUAUUCUGAUAUUCCAUUGGAUUAUCCUGUUGCAAAGUAAACAUCGUUUUCCGAUAUUCCGCUAGUGAAGAAGAUACAGCCAAUAAAUAAUAGAGGUUCGACAUUAAAGGUUAAAGUCAAUUUUUCCAUAAUAUUCAACAGUACUCUAAUUAGGCAACUUUGUCACAGUUCUAUCUGUUACUGCUUGCGAGUUCCUUACGCAGAGACUUGGAUUUGAAUAGUUCCUAAUAUUAUUCUUUAUAGAAUGUCAGUCAACUUGUUAACCAAAAUCCUGUGAUAGAAUCGAUUUUUGGAAUAUUUAUUAUUUGUUGUAAAUGCAUAUUUAAUUAGGAUCGGCCUUUAUGUUUAAAAUAUUGUUUAAAUGAUUUUCUUUGAACAGAAUCUAAAUAUUAUGUUUUGUUAACAAUAUUCACUGUUGUCUUAUUAGGAAAGAAUUCGAAAAAUAUAUAAUUUUGUUUUAUAUAAGAGAUUUAUAUCACAAUAAAUGUGUUGUCCAAUGACUUGAUAUGACUAUUUUAUUAAAGAUCAGUUAUAAUUUUCAUCUGAAUACAUAGCUGUGUUAAUUUCAUUGACAUAAAGAAAUGGUAACGUUUAUUGGUUUUUUGUCUACAUUAUUAAACAUUAGUUUGCCAAAAAGAAAACUAUUAAUUUGUUUUUGCAUGCUUUCGGUUAUUUUUGCUCAAUUAUUUUGUUUGUAAAAAACAUGAAAUAUAAUUUGAGAUUGUAUUGUUUAUUAAAAUAUUUCAUUUCUGUUAUAAAUGUACUGAAAACACUUUUCCCUUACCAGAAUGGAAUUGCUGUCUCUCGACAUGCGUUUCGCUAAAAAAGUUAGCAUCAUCAAGCAAUGAAUAACCAGGCUUUAUCCAAGCAGUCUCAUUUAAUUGCUGUGUCCUGACGCGCGUUUUGCGAGACACAGCAAUUUUGUUCUUGCAAAGGAAAAGUGUUUUUAAUAGUCAUUUCAAGCCAUGUUGACAUAUCCUUACCAUACAUUUUUUUCAAUAAAUAAUUUUUUUGAUUUAAAA